CGACAGCGCCUGGAAGCUGUGAAGAAGCUUAACUUUGGUGCAGAUGAUGCGUUGGUUCCUGAUGUCCUCCAGGAUGCUGGUCCAGCGGCACCUUCUGCUCCCCAGACUGUCAGCUUGGACCACCUGGAGAUGAGCGGCAUGGUCCCUCUCCAGACCACACCACCCUCCGAGAAGAAGCGGGUCCUCAAGCGCCCACCCAUCCUUGAGGAUUACAUCAACGUGACGUCCACCGAGGGCACCAGGGUCUUCAUGGUGGUGAGAGAUGAUCCUUCCAGGACAGGAGUGGAGCUCCCUGAUUCCCUUGGCUGGAACGCGCGCCGGCUGCUCCACUUGCUGGGGGUGCCUUUCUCCUACCUGAAGGAGCAAGUGGGUGAAGAGCGUCGAAGGCGCGUUCUGGAGGCGUCGCAGCACCUGACGGAGAUAAUAAACAGUUGCCUCGAGAGUGAGACCAGCACCGAGAGCCCGGAGCCAAGCAGCGAAGCGGAGCCGGCAGCUGAGGAGGAGUCUGGGCUGCAUUGCCUCUGGGUGGACAAGUUCACCCCCCGGAGCUACCUGGAGCUGCUCAGUGAUGAUUACACCAACCGCUGCCUCCUGAAGUGGCUGAAGCUCUGGGACACGGUGGUGUUCGGGAAGGAGAAGGCUGUGAAAAAGGCCAAGCCCAGCGCCGAGGCUCAUCCCCCACUCCAUCAGCCCAAGGAGCAGCAGAAUAAAUGGAAAACGAAGGUGCAGCUCACCGAGGAGAUCCUGGAGGCUGAGCUGGACCAGCACAAGAGACCCAAGUACAAGGUCGCCCUGCUCUGCGGCCCCCCCGGCUUGGGAAAGACCACGCUGGCCCACGUCAUCGCCAAGCACGCGGGGUACAACGCCGUCGAGAUGAACGCCAGUGACGACCGCAGCCCCGAGGUUUUCAAAACCCGCAUCGAAGCUGCCACCCAGAUGAAGUCUGUGCUGGGUGCCAACGAGAAGCCCAACUGCCUGAUCAUCGACGAGAUCGACGGCGCACCCGCGGCAUCCAUCAGCGUGCUGCUAAACAUCAUCAACCAUAAGGGUGAGGCGGCGGCUGGUGCGGGUCGGAGGAGGCGGCGCGAGGGUGGGCUGCUGCUCAGACCCAUCAUCUGCAUCUGCAAUGACCAGUGAGUGUCACCUGCGU